GCAUUCAAACACUGGAAAUCGAUCUAAACCCAGAAACUAAAAUGAAACAGAAGCAUCUGAACAGCAUAUGAGUCAGUUUGCAUCAUCAAUAGAAGCGUAACAAGUUCCAAAUUAACCCCCAGCCAUCCUUAAAUGGCAUAGAAUCUGCACUCAUUGUAGACCUACAGUUCAGUAUUCACUAUAUAUUCUCGUUUAGCUCGUGCCAUUUUCUUAUACCAGCGACAGCGCGGAGCGACGACUUCGAUCUACAUCCUAUAUAAUUAUCAAUUGGCUCUCUCAGAGUAACUAAUCUAACCAUUAAUUUGCUGUCUCAUGCUUAAACAAACAAGUAAAAAAGCUAAUAAACUAGCUCUCAGUAACUAUCUUUGCACAGUCUCCGCCAAACGAGAUCGAUUAAUUAGGACGAAGAAGACGACGAAAAUGGCAGCAGAGGGAGAAAUGAUGGCACUGAUCAAGGUAACAGCAUGGGUAGUCGCAUCAAUGACCUACGCUCGCUUUGCCUCUUCCGCAACUAAACCAGGAUUACUCCGGCUACUAUUUCUCCUCCCAGCGAUUCUCCUCCUCCCAUUUCUCCCUUGGUCCUUCACCUCCAGUCUCCUUCGAGGCACCUCCGCCUUCUUCCUUGUUUGGCUCGGCAUCUUCAAGCUCUUCCUCCUCUCCUUCGGCGUGGGCUCGCUCUCCCCCUCCCUCCCCCUCCCCACCUUCAUCGCAAUCUCUUCCCUCCCCGUCAAAAUCCAAACAGCCCACAAAUCCAACACGAAUCUUUCCUCGAUAACAAAGCUUUGCAUUCCUUACUGCAUCAAGCUAGCAUCGCUUUCAGUGCUCAUCCACAUCGACCACUACAAAUCCCAAAUCCACCCGUGGGCAACUCUCUCCGUCUACUCCCUCUGCAUCUACCUCUACUUGGACCUCGUCCUCGCCGUCUUCAAAUUCCUCGUCGCCACUCUCCUCGGCCUCGCUACCGAGCCCCAAUUCAAGAACCCCUUCGGAUCCGAUUCCCUGCAAGAUUUCUGGGGCCGCCGAUGGAACCUGAUGGUCACCAGCAUAUUGCGCCCUUCGGUCUACUAUCCCGUCCGGUCGCGGUUAGGCACAGACGCAGGCUUGAUGGCCGCGUUCCUCGUCUCUGGGCUAAUGCACGAGAUCAUGUUCUAUUAUAUGACGGUUGAGAGGCCGAGUGGGGAGGUGAGCUUGUUCUUUGUGGCCCAGGGGUUGUUUACUUUGGCGGAGGUGAAGGCGAAGAAGGCUGGUCGGUGGAGGCUGAUGCAUCCGCCGUUGUUGAGGGGAGGAGCAGACGAUAAGUGCCUGAAAGAACUUGCAGAGAUGCUGAGGUUGGUGGAAGAUGGAGGACCGGCUGUGAUGUGGAGGUUAAUAGGGCGACAAACUAAUUAAGAUUGUGUUUAGGAAAGGGGAUUUGUACUUUAGGCGUAGAUUUAAAAUCAUAAAUUUUAUAAAAUCACUUGUUUGAAUACCUGGCUAAAUGAAAAGAUUCCAAUUAAAUCUGUUUUUUGGAUACAUUUAUCAUACCUAAGCUCCAUAUAUGUUAAUCACUUGUUUGGAUCCACCUCUUUCAUACGUACACU